GUGGUGAAGGUGAGGCCCAAUGACAAGGACGCCAAGUUGAAGUACCAGGAGUGUCACAAGAUCGUCAAGCAGAAGGCCUUCGAGCGGGCCAUCGCCAGCGACGAGCACAAGCGCUCCGUCGUCGACUCCCUCGACAUCGAGAGCAUGA